GUGAUGUUCAAGAGGCAUAUUUUUACUUGCACACUAAAAAACGUCGAGUUACAUGCCGGAAGGAACAAUGUUUCCUAUUGUUUAUGCUCCCUCCUUUUUACUUCUAGUUUUCUUUCUCUUCAUAUUCUACUACUUUACUCGACCUUCCUCCAAGCUAAACCUACCGCCUUCUCCACCAAAACUGCCGGUGAUCGGCAACAUCCACCAGUUAGGAGCAGUACUCCACCGCUCCCUCGAUUAUCUAUCCAAACGCUAUGGUGGUCCACUGACGCUCAUCCAUCUCGGCACCAUCCCAACCCUGAUUGUUUCAUCAGCCGAAGCUGCACGUGAGAUAAUGAAAACCCAAGAUCUCACUUUUGCCACCAGACCCGAAGUGCGAAGGUGGCGUCAAGUCAUGUACGACCUAAAAGAAGUCUCGGUGGCGCCUUAUGGUGAGAACUGGAGACAAUACAAGAGCAUUAUGGUUCUCAAUUUUUUGAGCAAGAGCAAGGUGGAAAGUUAUCGUGAAGUGAGGGAAGAAGAAAUGGCGAUUGCUGUUGAGAAAAUCAAGAAAUCUUGUAAACUGCAGGAGGCGGUGGAUUUGAGCGAUUUGUUCUUAACACUUACGAAUGAUGUGGUGUGUAGAGUCACGUUUGGAAAGAAGUACAGCGAAGGGGAGAGUGGAAGGAAGUUCAAGAAAAUGUUGAAAGAAUUUUGGGAUGUUUUAAGUGAGCUUAAUUUUGAGGAUAUUAUUCCUUAUCUUGGGUUUAUUGAUCAACUGAGAGGGGUUUCCGGUAGAGUUGUGAAAGUCGUUAAAGCUCUUGAUGAGUUCUUGGAUGGUCUGGUGGAGGAGCGUCUGAGGAAACACGCCGCUGGUGGUGGUGGUGAUGCUGAUGGCAGAGAAGAUUUCCUUGAAAUAUUGCUUAAGAUCCAAAAGGAAAAUACGAAUAGUGUUCUCGACAGAGACUCCAUCAAAGGACUCCUCUUGGAUGUAUAUACUGCUGGCACAGACACAACAGCAACAGUGUUGGAAUGGGCAUUUGCUGAACUUCUAAAACAACCGAAGCUUUUCAAGAAACUUCAAGAUGAAGUGAGGAUGGUUCUCGAGGACAAGGAACAAAUAAGCCAACAAGAUAUCGACAACAUGACAUAUUUGAAAGCUGUGAUCAAAGAAACUCUACGUCUUCAUCCCCCGGCUCCAACCCUAAUUCCCAGAGCCUCCAGCCAAGAUACAAAAGUCAUGGGCUACGACAUCAAGAAAGGAACUAGAGUUAUCAUUAAUGGAUGGGCUAUUCAAAGAGACCCUAAAGUAUGGGAUGAAGCCGAUGAGUUUAAACCUGAAAGGUUCUUGAACAGUACAAUUGAUUAUAAAGGACAUGACUUUGAUCUAAUUCCCUUUGGUGCUGGAAGAAGAGGGUGUCCGGGGUUAGCGUUUGCAAUAGCUAUAGAUGAACAUGUGUUAGCUAAUCUUUUGCACAAGUUCGAUUGGGAGUUGCCAAAUGGAGAGAAGGCAGCGGAUCUAGAUAUGGAGGAACAACCUGGUAUUACGGUUCACAAAAAAGUUCCUCUUAUGGUCAUGGCAAAACCGAUCUCUUCCUAAUUAAGUUAUAGUAUGUCAUUCAAAUAACGGGGUUGAAUAAUAUAGUAGUAGUAGUUGAGCAUUUCAAUUUCUCAUAUGGGCUUGCAGCAAUCACAGUUUAGAUCGAUAGGAUCGGCUGAUGUGGACUUUGUUUUUAUUACAUGAUGUGGACA